CCACACUCUGAUACACAUAUACUCGCCAGCCUUCGGCUCCGUCCGCCCUCGCUGCCCGUCUCCACUUUGCUCCCAGCCGUCCACUCGUCUUCUAGGCAUAUAGCCUCUGCACCCUACCGUCUGUCUUGCCAGCACGGACUCGUUCACCAGCAAUGGCAGCUGUCGUUGCACCUCAGCACGCGGGUCUCUGGCAACGUCGACCCGACCAAGCUCUCCACAUUCCCAACAUGAAUAUGUCCGGCCUGGUACCCCCAUACGACGCCGCCUCGAGAACGGCGACAAACCCGCCCACCUCAAGGGCCUUUCAAGCAACGACUUCGCACAUGGACAUGCAUAUGCCUCUGUUUCCGACACACGCCAUGACUACUACCUCGGUGCCGUACCAAUCCGGAGCGUUUGCCUUCGACUCCCUCUCAGUGAACCCAUACAACAUGCAACAGGCCUUCCCUGUGAGCUAUCCGCCAACCAUACCACAAGCUGUCUCCUAUUCUGGAGCCUCCGAGAUGCACCCGCUGCCCACCGUUCGCGAGGCCCGAAACGGAUUCACCAUCGAGAGGACGCCGCCAGUCAAGUCUGAAAGCGGCUCUCCUAUCCAGCCUAGCCAGAUGUUCAACGACACGGCCUACACUGGGGAGUACAAACGAUCUGACUCCGAGCCUCAGGAGCCCGGCCGCAUCAACUUUUCAACCGACGUCGAUACUCUCAUGAAGGCCAUCCAGGCUAAGCAGAAGCCUACUACCCAACGGCCGGAGCCCCCGAAGGAAGAAGAGCCGAAGCCUGCUCAGAAGCCAAAGAAGCGAUAUCAGUGCAGCGUGCUCAAUUGCAACAAGAGCUUCUAUCAGAAGACCCAUCUAGAGAUCCACACCCGAGCACACACGGGUGUCAAGCCUUUUCUUUGCAAGGAACCGUCCUGCGGCCAGCGAUUCUCUCAGUUGGGUAACCUCAAGACGCACGAGAGGCGGCACACUGGGGAACGGCCUUACACCUGCGACAUCUGCGGCAAAACCUUUGCUCAGCGGGGCAAUGUGCGAGCGCACAAGAUUGUCCAUCAACAGAUUAAGCCGUUCACCUGCAAACUCGACGACUGCGGCAAGCAGUUCACGCAGCUGGGGAACCUGAAGUCACACCAAAACAAAUUUCACGCCCCUACUCUUCGAUACCUCACGCAAAAGUUCGCCUGCAUCAGUCCGGGAGACUGGGUCACCGAGAAGGACAAGGAACUGUGGGAGUACUUUUCUUCCCUUUACAAAAACUCGAACAAGGGCAUCAAGGGCCGAGGGAAAGAUCGGAGAAUAUCCGCCGCUCCUUCCUCAGCUGCCUCUAGCGCCGCCUCGUACACUCCAACUGCUUCCGCUUCCCUGAACCGAAACUACGUGGGAUCCUUCCAGCAGGCCGGCAGCGAUCGCAGCAGCCGCUGCUCCUCGAUGACGUCCGACGCUUCCCAGAAAGCGGACAACGGCUACGACUUCAACGCCACCAUACAGACUGGCUUCCAGAGCCAGGGCAAUGGAUACGACGACAUGGUCUUCCCGGAGCGGAAACUGUACUCCUGAUCUCAUACCGCUCGCAACGCGCACUAUCACCAGUUGUACAAAUGAUACGGCGGCGUGGCGGUACGAUCUAGUUACGAAGUACGAUAAUCACCGGAGUUUGGUAGGCAUCAUGGCGCAGAAAG